CAUUUGUCUUUGUUAUGAAAACGAAGAAGAACGAUAUGUUCUGUACUAGGAUACCAAAUUCAAGUUUUUAACGUUGCAAGUUUUUUUAACAUUCUGCAGUUUUUUUUCGAGUUCAUUUCUUUAGUUAAUAUUUAGUUCUAAGAUGCUAGAAUUAUAUAAAAACGUGAAAACUUUAAUAAAAUUAGGGACCGUACAUACAGAUAAUAAUGUAUUUAAAUUACAUUACAAAGUUACAGUUAUUUUACUGGCAACUUUUUCUGUAUUAUUAACGAGUAAACAGUAUUUUGGGGAACCUAUAGACUGUGAUGUAGAACAAAGGAAGGAAGUGAUUGACACAUAUUGUUGGAUACAUGGAACUUUCAUCAUUAAUCAAAAUUUAAAUGAUCCUGUCUUACCAGGUUUGGGGAUACAAAGGAAUGAUUAUCCCAAUGAUGAACCACCGACGUCUAGGCAAACUUAUUACCAAUGGAUUUGUCUUAUUUUUGGUGUACAAGCUGUUCUUUUCUAUCUCCCCAGAUAUUUAUGGAAAGCUUGUGAAGCUGGGAGAUUGAAAGAACUUAUAGGAGAAUUUGGGGGAGCUAUAACAUCUGAUAAAUGGAAUCAGAUGGAAAAAGAUAAAAUAGUUAAGCAUAUUCUUGAUGGUACAUAUGUUCAUAAUGUUUAUACAUUCAGAUACUGUUUUUGUGAAGUUUUAAAUUUAGUAAAUGUGAUACUGAACAUAUGUUUUAUGGAUUGGUUGAUUACGGGACAAUUCUCUGCAUAUGGUAUAGCUCGUGCAACUUUCAAGCAAGUCAAUCCUAUGGAUAAGGUGUUUCCAAAAAUUGCAAAGUGUUCUUACUACCGAUACGGUCCUAGUGGAGAUCAACAAUUAUUUGAUGCUCUUUGCAUUCUUCCAUUAAAUGUACUUAAUGAAAAAGUUUUCCUGAUUUUAUGGUAUUGGCUUUUCAUAUUACUUGCUUUAACAUUUUUGUGUAUUCUGUAUAGAGGCCUGUUUUUAUUUUUACCCAUGUUCAGAAUCUAUUUGUUAAGAGCUCAAGCAAGGAAACUUGAAAAAAAGAAAGCUAAAUUCAUCGUUAGUAAACUGUCUUUUGGUAACUUCUUUAUUUUGUACAAAUUUGGUAAAAAUGUUAAUCCACGUUUGCAUAAAGAAGUCGUUAUGUGUUUAUACGAUCAUUUAAUUACCAGAGGAUCAUAUAAGAAUUUUCUACAAGACAUUUAAGUUUUUGAAAUUGAUUUUUCAAUAUUAUUUUGUUUAGAAAUUUGUUUUUGUUUGAAGAAUUCUCAUUAUUUUUAAUAUGUUUAGCAGUCCCUGGCUGUGAUUUACCUCAUUUAUAUUAUAGAUACUUGAAAGUUUAAUAAAAACCAUUCACUAUGAAUAUUUUUGUUAAGAGACUCGAUUAUAUAAUUAUUAUUAUGGUUUAUGGCAUCAACAGGUAUUUUAAUACCAACAAUUAUAAUAUACUGUUGUUCUUUAUGUUUUGCAUUAAUAAUUAAUAUAUUUUUUUAGAAAAUAUUCAUAGUUGAAGGGAUUUUAAAGGCUAGACCGUAUAAUAUGGUAUCAACAUUCCUAUUUUCUAAUUCUUGUUAAUAAGACUGUGUUUUUUAUGCAUAAAAAUUUUAUCAGAGCUCUCUUAUCUCAAUUUGUGAUUCAUAUUUGAACACACUGUUUACUGCCAUUACUCAAACACUCACAAUUACACUGGUCAUUCCAUGGAUGACUGGUUCAUACCCUGGUCAAAGGAUCAGAUAGUUUUGAAUAUGAGUGGUAGUAAAUAGUAUAAAUAUCACCAACUAUUCCACUAAUUUCAACUUAAGUGACUUCUAUUUACACGUCAUUGUUUGGAUGAUUAAUUCAAGUGCAUCUCAUCCAUUUUCUCUUAGUUUGUUCUCAUUUUUCAAUUAAUUUACAAGUCAAAGUGCUUCUUGAAUGUUCGUUGAUCUUUUCAUUGAAUUGUUUUAAUUUAUUCACUUGUUGGCUUGUAAGGUUCGUUAUGUUCUAUAUUCCACUUUUUCUUGUAGUUUGAUUACAUUUUUUUUGUGUUCAACUUUUGUCUUAUUGGUAUCUUCUAUUUUGAUGAGUUUUUGUUUGGGAUUCUUACUUUUCGUAAUAUUUCUAAUCAGUCUGUAGAUUUAAAUUUCUUGUCAAUUAUCUGUGGUGAUUUGUAUUGUUUUUUUCACUUCAAUCUCUUUAAGUUGAUGGCAAGGCAAUAUAAUUCCAAUAGCUCCUUUUGUCGCCUGUAUUUCUAUAAGCUUCUUAUACCAAUACAUCUUUUGUAUCAAUAUGUCCAGUGUGAAUCCCAAUUUAUAUGCAAAAUAGCCUUCUGCAUCCUCCAUAGCCUAAUGCAUAUAUCAUUCAUAUUUUUCUAUUCUGUACUAAUGUGGAUAAAUCUAUUUUUUUUUGAAUUAAUAUAUUUUGAAAGAUCACAUUUUGGGUAAAUUCAUAAAGUAAAGCGAGCUUUGAUAUAGGAAAUAAGAAUUAUGUGUGAAUCAGUCAGAAAAAUUUGAAAUAUUGUUUAUUUAUUUCGUGAUUUUGUUUGUGUUAGUGGAUAUGUAUUUUUCCAUUUUUGAAUACGUUUUUUACAAUUUUUUAUGUUACCUUUGCCCAAGUUUAUAAAAAGCGAAAUAAAACAUUAUUCACCUCAUUACAUUUGUAGUGGAUAUUAUAUCGAAACAUUAAGUUAAUUUAUGAAUAGUGUUCUGUUUUUGGUUUUUUAUUAAUAUUUAUUAAUAAUUAUUUCAUUAUUUUGUCAAAGGAAAAUUAUAAGUUUAAGUAUAUUCGUACUUAUUAGAAAAAACUUAGUACUUUUCACUUUCUUAUGAGUUGUUCAAAAAAUAUGUGUUAAUAGGUUUUUUUUUCAAAAAUUGAUCAUUUAUAUUACUCUAAAGAAAGGCAUCAAGCAGCAAUUCUCUUUUUUUACAAGAUAUACCAGUGUGGACAUUUGAACUACUACCAAAUUUAAAAGAUGUGCCUUAUCACAAUAUCAAAAAGAAUAAAUAUUAGUUUAUAGUGUUGAAAGUUAUUUGUUAAAAUUAAAAAAUAAUAUCCAGUUGAAGUAUUUGAAAUAAAUUUUUACAAAUGCAAUGUAUUUUCUUUUUCGUUUAUAAUAAAAAUAUAUUACUCAA